ACGUCAAAAGGGAAAAGUUCAAAUAGGAUAGGAUGACUUGUAUGUUUCUUUUAUCUACGUGUUUUUUAGUUAAGUCAUAAGUGUAUUGUGUUAUUGUGUAUUAUAAAAAUAGUCCUUCUGAGAUUCGUGAGAUAAAUCAUGGGCUUUGAAGAAACCUUUAAACAACUAGAACAAAAUUCGCCAGCAGUAUAUCAAGAAGCAAUUAGAAUACUUACCAAAAUUGCUGAUAACAUUAUAAAAAACCCAUCUGAUUUGAAAGUUCGAACACUACAAAAAUCAAAUAUAACGAUUUCUAGUAAAAUUUUGUCAAUCAAGGGAGGAAAAGAAUGUUUAAAACUAAUGGGAUUUGAAGAAAAACAUUCUACAUUUGUAAUUAAUGCGCAUGUGCCAGUAAAGUCAGUUGUGGAUUUUAAAAUGGCGAUAUUAUCCUGGAAAAGUAUUAUGGAACAAAAACAAAUUUCGAAGGCACAGACUCCAAUUCUCCAAACUACUGCUAAGACGUCCAAUACUGGAACUAGUUCUAAUACAGAGAUUAUAAAGAAGAGUACUUCUGCACCAACGGAAAAGAGUUCGAGUUUAGUUGUACAAGCAGCAUCUACCAGUAGCAACACGGGAUCCAGUAAUAAGACGGAAAAAGUGAUAAAAAAAGUUAACCUUCCAAAAUUAGAACACUGCUAUACACAUCCCUUUUUAAAAGUGCUGGAAAAUUAUUCCCAUCAUGUUUUGCAAUAUGAAGAUAAAGAUCUUCAAGAUCGAACUCGAAACAUAAUACCCGUUGCUAAAUUAGAAGAAAAUGCUCAAAAACGCCUGAGAGUGAUACAAACGCAUAUCAAAAAAAAUAAACUGGUGGACCCAGACCUUUCCAUACAAGACAUGCUUAUUUUGGAAUUGUUGCAAUGGUUUAAAGAAGAGUUUUUUGAAUGGGUCGAUAGUCCAGCAUGUGAACAUUGCGGUGGAGUAACUGUGUUUUCACAUAUGAGUACGGAUCGUGAGUUACUACGAUAUACAGAUCGUGUUGAGUUACAUAGGUGCAAGAGUUGCGAGAAAUUUACACCGUUUCCUCGGUAUAAUGAUCCCAAUAUUUUACUUGAAACCCGUCGUGGACGUUGUGGAGAAUGGGCCAACACUUUUACUUUGUGUUGCCGUGCUAUGGGAUGGGAUGCAAGAUACGUAGUAGAAGAAGGAGAUCACGUGUGGACAGAGGUAUAUUCUAUUGCUCAAAAACGUUGGCUACACUGUGAUCCUUGCGAAAAUAUCUGUGAUACACCUUUAAUUUAUGAGUCGGGCUGGAAGAAGAAAAUUUCUUACGUGAUGGCUUAUUCCGCAGAAAAUGUUCAAGAUGUUACUUGGCGGUAUUCCAGUAAGCAUAAGGAAGUUUGUAAGAGAAGGAAAAAAUGUACAGAAGAACAACUUUUAUCAGCUAUUUUAAAAAUUAGGGAGAAAUUACAAAAGAAUUUACCACAAUCUAGAAAAAGCUAUUUAGUUAGGCGAACUUUAUUGGAAUUAGUUGAAUUCUUACAUGAAAAGAAACCAAAAGAUGAUGAGCUACAAGGUAGAUCUUCAGGAUCAGAAAUUUGGCGUUUGGCAAGAGGAGAAAUUCAAGAAACUGCUUCGUCGGAGUAUAUUUGGCAAAUAAACUCAGAAGAUAUUAUAGACGAUACAGUAACUAUUAGAUACUCACCUUCCAUAAAUAAGUAUGAAUAUAGUUCAGGAGGUAAGUUAUUGAACUCGCUGAACGAUUGGAGCUCUGGAGCAUUUAAACACGAAAGUGUGUUCAGGAAAGAAGAAAAAGAUUGGAAAAUGGUGUACAUAGCUAGAAUAGAUGGCCAAGAACAAGGCAUAGUUUCCUGGAAAUUUGAUUUGAAUAACGCUAAGAAGACUUUGGAUAAAAUAGAUGUACAAUUUGACCAUAAAACAUUCGAAAAAGGAGUAGUCAGUGUUAGAAUAUGUGCUGCGGACACAUGUAUAAUGUUACCCAAAGGACACACAUCAAUCAGUACAGCAGAUUUUAAAGGUGCACAUGAUUUGACCAUCACUGCUACAUUAUCUGGAGGCUCUUGGCAACAUGCUCAGUUAUUUAGACAACCACUUGAUAGUAACGAAUUUAGCUUCAGUAUUAUAUUUAAGUUCAAGUGAAAAUACUUUCCGAUGUCCAUUUAGUUUUAGUUUAUCACACUUUUAGUUUUAAGAAGGCAACUGAUAUUGCCGUAAAUUAAAUUUUUUAUUUUAUUGGACGCAAUUUUAAAAUUGCCCAGACAUGUUAUAUGUACUGUUCUUAGUCAGACAAAAAUUUUCUUCUUCUUUGAACACAUAUAAGUUAUUAAAUGUUCGUAAUCUUCAAAGCUAUCGCUGCAUCGCAGAAGAGAUUGGGGCAACAAAUCCUUCGUCUUGCAGGAUUCAAGUGGAUGUAGUACGAAUUUUUAUUACCUGUUUUAAGCCUUCUGCUGACAGCCUGUAAAAAGGAAGUUUUACAUUUUUAAGUCAUGAAAGUCUUAAUAGGUUUUGGCACUUUAAUAUUAUUUACUAUCUUUGAUGGGAACUAACGACAAUUUCAGUUUCAAUUUAAAGAUCGUUUAAAGUUAAGAUUAUCGAAGUAAAAAUCUAAACGUCAAAAUAAAUGUGUAUUUUAAACUGAAACUAAAGUUGUUGCUAAUACCAAUAAAAGAUAGUAAAUAGCAUAAAAGUCUUGUGUAGAAUGUUUCCAUGCAGCCCUAAUGUUAAUAACAUAUUUUGUGCGUUGUUUUUAUUAUACGAUAAUUUCCCUUUUGAUACAGUUUAAAAAAUACUUACCUUGUAGUUUUUCCAAAACCUUAAUGCAAAAUUCACCAUCUCUAUGUUUUAACUAAGCGUCAAUAUUACAAAGAAGACGAUAGGUUUAAAUAGUUUGCGUUUGAUUUAUGUGUUUCUGGUUACAUUUUUUAUAUAAAUUAGUGAUGGCUUCGAACCAUUCUCUUUUUUACAAGUAAUCUAUCGUACGUCCCAUGCCUCCAACAUUUUAAUACACUGAGAGUUGGAGUAUAUUAUAGUUUUUAUCUUUAUAAUUUUGGUAACUCCAGAGAAAGCAGUUCAUAUCUUUUAAUAGCGGUCUACCCCAAAAUCCCCACAGCCAAAAUCCCGACAGCCACAAUCCCAACGGCCAAAACCCCGACAGGUUUGAUAAGUUUCUUUUUAACAUAUAAUUACAUUUAUUUCUUGUUUUUUUGUUUAUGGCCAUCUGUUUUUUAUUUUUUGUUACUAAACAUAAGUAUUUACCAUUUAAUAUGAACUAAUUUUCUAAAUAAAAUUUCUAACGUGGGUAUAUGAAUUAAAUUAUUUUUUUUUGCCAACAUAUAUAGUACAAUAAUAUAUUAUGUAUAAUCAAAUCCUGAAUUCAAGUUAACUUCCAUAUAAUAGAUAUCAUGUCACUUACAACCUUCCAUUUCAGUAAGUAUAGCGUUUAUAUUAUAAAAUGAAGUGUUUAAAUAAUUUUUUCUUUUAAAAUACACAAAUAAUAAUUAGUACCCGUACUUAUUAGUAAGUAAUAAUUUUUCAAUUUCAAUACUCUAUAAUAUGAUUUGGUAUAAAAUUUGAAAAGGAAACAAUAAAUAUUCAAACUGUAGUGGUCGGAAUUUUUACUUAUGCGAGGAUUGUUGCAUGUAGGGAUUUUGGCCUGUCGGGAUUAUGGCGCGUCAGGAUUCUGGCGUGUCGGGAUUUUGGCUGUCGGGAUUUUUAAUAGUAAGUAUAACCUCUUAAUGCAACAGCAUACGUCACUAAUUCUACCUAUAAGAUUCAGAUAAGUGUUUCAAUCUUCUUUACAAAAUACCUCUGCAUUCUUCAUAAUUUUAGAUCAUCGUGUAACGCUGAUCUUCUUAAGUGCCGUCCCUUUCCGAAAGCCGGCAACCAUCAAAACUAUUCAUACCUUCUAGACCGAGUAACACUGAUAAAGAAUAGCUGUCUCGGUUUUAUAAGCAUUCCCUAAGCUAUUUCCAUUUCUGAUUUUUAUUUCUUUAGAGCUAUUAUUCUCGUGAACAAGAGUAUCUCUAGUUAAUGUAUCCUGUUUAGUUGAUUAUUUAUGUUCAUAUCAGUGACAAUAUCAGGAAAUACAAAGAGAAAACCAGGAAUAUCCGAGAAAGCUGGUAGUCAGAAAAAGGCCAACAGUUUUGUAAAGGGACAUAAGUGAAAUCAACAACGGUUUAGCGUCUGAAGAAGUCUUCAUUUGUUGUGUGUUCGAUGUUUACCAUUGCUCUAAAGUCUCAUAAUAUAAGUCCCGCAUAGAAUAUUGUAGAAACAACUUUUGAUAGUAAAAAUUGGUUGUUUUGUUCCCAGAGAGUACCUGCGGAAAUCAAUCUGCGUUCUGUCUCUUUUUUAAAAAUUAGCAAAACAAUAGAAAAUGAUCCGGGAUCUUGACUGUAUCCUAUUGAGUAAGCCACUUGUUCUUUUAUGAAAUAUAUCUCUUAAACUGUUUUUAACCAUAAACUGCCAUUUUCUUCUUUUAUAUAUUUUAUAUUUUUUAAAUCCUAUUUAGCAAUAAUUUAAAUAAAUGUGAAUAAGAAUAUAUUGUAUGUUAAAAGAUUAUUAGUAAUUAAAUAAAAAAUAUUGUUUA